AAUGUAGCAUCCUAGGGAAAAUAGACCCUGGGCUGGAUGGUAAAUGGAUGGGCUCAAUGGCAGGCAUUCAUGGCAAGGUACAUCAAGGGAACCCAGGCAUCCAGUCAGCUGCAAAUAUAAUCUCCCAGGAUGUCUAAGACGGAUCCACUGCCAAGAACGGCAGGAAUGUCCUUCCGACAUUGUCCAGAAAUUAUGACCCUUUCUGAACAGGGAAGAUUCUUGCUGAUAUUACUUCUGAUAGUUCACAUCUUUGGGUCUUGCUUCCUGUUAGCUCGAGGUCUGCCGGGUAAGAAUGCCAGCGCUAAGGCACCUGUUCUUCCUCUGAUCACAAGAAAUGCUAGCCCUCCCUUGACAACAAAGGACAUUCCACCUCCGAUAACCACAGAAAUGGCUCCCCCUCUCAUGGCAACAGAGGUGGCUUUUACUAGGGCCGGAACGGCACAGGCUCCCCAUGACAAACUGCCCGAAACAAGAGCCGGAAUUCUGUCUGGUGCUACGCUUGGAGGUCUCAUUGGUGGGUCUCUUGUCGUGAUCUCAGUCCUUAUAGGCUUGGUUGCUUUCCAGAUGGUCGCUUCUAAAAGAACUGCAGGGCCUCGUGAAGCGAGCGCAGCCAGACUUGCUAACAGCGCUGAGCUCAAGGCCAGGGAGAGGGCACAGCAAAGGAGCCAGAGGACUCACAGAAGCCAGGACAGUGGGAGAAGCAGAGGCGGCAACAGUAGCAGAGGCACUGGGAGAGGCGGUGGGAGAGGAGGUGGGAGAAUUGGAGACAGAGGCAUCCCCAGAGGAGGGAGAGGUGCUCCUAGAAAAUGAUCAUCGUCUUUGUCCAGAAGAUUGUCGUUAUUCCUGUCUGCAGCAACAUCCUGUCUGUGGCGCGUGGCCUUUUUAACUCUGAGGGAACAGCUCCCCGUUCUUGGAACCUGUGAGGAAAUGAGAGAAAUGAUUUUGGCCACUUCUUUAGAACCAGCUCUUACACUCAAACAGAGGCAAAGGGACAUUUAAAACAAAAAGGCACCGUAUCCACUGCUAAAA